AUGGCUGUAGGAACACCAGUGAUGGAACCCACGGUCGGAUCUGACACACCGAGACAAAGAGGGAUAGCGACUUCUGAUACCUUGAAAACGGGCUGUAUAGCUUGGGUUGUGAAGGAUGGCCAACCGCGACGCGCAGAGAUUCUCAGCAUCAAGGAGACCAAGAGCGGCAAGCAAUUCUAUUGCAACUUCGAUAAUUUCAAUAAGCGGCUUGACGAAUGGGUUCCAACCACAAGAAUUGACUUCACACAAGAAGUGGAAUGGCCGAAUCCUGACAAAGACAAAUUAAAGGAUUCCAAAACCAAAAAGGCGCCAUCGCAGACCAAGAAAACCCAAGUCCCAAAAAAGGCGCAAAAGCGACCCGGUAAAAGAGAGCAGUCUGUCCACUCAGAGGCGGCGACUCCUCAUCCGUGGUCCGAUUUCGUAGAGUCUCAACGGCAACGGCAGGCAUCAUCUGUUGGCCUCGAUGUUGAUUCGCAAACGCAAGUGAGCGCUGACGCAACUACAACGCCAACCGCAGCGGACGACGUAGAAGGAGAUGAUAAAGAAGACGACGUCAAGAAGGAGGAAGGCGAAUUCAGCCGGGAGGAAGAAAUUGAAAAACUAAGGACCUCCGGAUCCAUGACUCAAAACCCUGCUGAGAUAUCCCGUAUAAGAAAUAUAUCAAAGGUUCAAUUCGGGAAGCAUGAUCUGUUCCCUUGGUACUUCUCCCCUUACCCUGAGGUGUUCAGCCAAGAAGAUGUUAUUUUCGUUUGCGAAUUUUGCCUUAGCUACCAUGGGGACGAGACAGCGUUCCUACGACACAGGAAAAAAUGCACGUUGCAGCAUCCUCCAGGAAACGAGAUAUACCGAGAUGACUACGUCUCAUUUUUUGAGAUCGACGGACGUCGACAGCGAACUUGGUGCCGAAACCUUUGCCUUCUCUCAAAAAUGUUUCUUGACCAUAAGACACUUUACUACGACGUGGAUCCGUUUCUGUUCUACGUCAUGGCCAGCCGAACGGACAAGGGUUGUCACAUUGUUGGGUACUUUUCCAAGGAAAAAGAGAGUGCAGACGGAUACAACGUUGCCUGCAUUCUGACGCUACCGCAGUAUCAGCGGAAAGGCUAUGGACGACUUUUGAUACAGUUUUCAUACGAGCUUUCUAAAAUUGAAGGCAAACUGGGAUCACCAGAGAAACCCCUUUCUGAUCUGGGUCUCCUGAGCUACCGUCAGUAUUGGUCAGAAAACAUCCUUGAUCUGCUAAUGGGAUACAAUGAGAAGGACGAAAAGGUUACUAUUGAAGCAAUAUCGUCUGCGCUCGCCAUGACCACGCAGGAUGUCGAACACACUCUUCAAGCUAUGAAAAUGCAGGUGUACCACAAAAGUGACCAUAAAAUUGUUAUCCCGGAGAAUCUUAUUCAACAGAGAGAAAAACAAAAACUGAAACUGAGACGAGUGCUUGACCCGGGGCGGAUACAGUGGAAGCCGCCGGUAUUCACUGCAUCCAGUCGAACGUGGGGCUGGUGA